CUCGUUUCUUCCAAGAUUGCGUUACAUGGUCGGGCCAUCACGGAAAGACGGCUAGCAACCCGCAAGGCAGACGGUUCGUAUGGAGGUGGUUUGCUCGGGGGUGCGCACUGCCUAGAUUUGCUGGCCGCGGCCACCCUUUGUGGUUGGCUACUCAACUUUCUUCAGUCGUGGCAACCGCUAGUCGCCAUCGCGAGGAGCAGCAGAUCAGGCAGGCAUGGUCACGUGCACAGCAUGAAGAGCGUCUUAAGACCAUCUGGAAUUCAUCAACAGCAUGCUGUGAUAUAAAAGUCUGGCUCCUAUUCACUUGACUGACGGCCUCGAUCUUGCGUCAAGAUGCUGCUACUGGCACUCAUCUUUCUCUUCGUUAUCAUCCUCCUGGGGCUCCUGAUGCCGACGCUUUUUUUCCUAUGGAUAUCGGCUUUUAGAUCACGGAGCACUACCAACAGCGCAUCUCUCAAGCGGAGUGCUGCCGUCGUUGUGCUGGGGGAUAUUGGCCGAAGCCCGCGCAUGUGUUAUCAUGUAGAAAGCUUGGCACAUGAGGGAUGGAAAGUGGGCAUUGUAGGAUACGCAGGUGUUGAACUGCCGCUGCAGCUUCAUAGGGCAACGAUCAAGCGGCAUACGCUCCCAUCGCCCCCCACAUGGAUCUCGAGCCUCCCCAAGGCUGCGUUCAUUGCUGUUGCUCCGUUCAAAGUCCUCUGGCAGACGUUCAGCCUCUUCUGGGCCCUCUCUGUCAGCAUCAACCCACCACCAGAGGUGAUCCUCGUCCAAACUCCUCCGGCACUGCCCACUAUUUUCGUGGUGCGCUUCGUUUCACUUCUCUUGCGGUCGCGCGUGAUUAUCGAUUGGCAUAACCUUGGCUACACUAUCCUGGCACUGCGGCUUUCUCCUUCGCAUCCGUUGGUGCGUCUUGCAGCGUGGCUGGAAAGAAUGACGGGUCGAAGCGCCUUUGCGCAUCUAUUCGUCACCAAGGCAAUGAUGCUUCACCUCAGCCGACAAUGGGGCUUGCGAGGUCGCAUGCGCGUGCUGCACGACCGGCCCCCAGAUCAUUUCCGGAGAGCAACGAUCCGCGAGACGCAUGAGCUCUUCUGCCGACUCGUGGGAAGGCUCAAUGCGCCGAUGGCUGGUGCAGUCAAGUCCAGAAAAGACGGGUCUUCUAGCCAUUCGACAUCGUUUUCAGCAGCCACCAGCGCGAUGCAGGUUUUCUGGCCAUCUUUCAGCAUGCCAGAUAGCACACCGUUUACGAAGCGCAUUUACCACGACGAACUGGACAAGUAUGUGGAUGGUACGGCUGAGGUAGACUGGAGCAGCAAGCGAACACAGGAGCUUAGACGAAGGGGUUCGGGAGUCAGCAUCGAGAUUGACGGGUCGAGCCCGGCUUCCCCUUCCUUACUCAUCGGCCCUUGUAUCGCCCGACCGAGCAGAAUGUGGAGCAGCGAUACGCAACAGCAACAACAGCUCUCACCUCUUUCGAGCACAUCGCCUCAUCACCGGUCGCACUCUCCGCCGCGGGCACCGAGUUGCCCACCUCGGCGCAUAGCGGAUGGCAACGAGUAUACAGACUCGAUGCCAGUGAGAAGCGGGCGUUCUUCUCUUAACUUUCUGCAAGCUGGAAUGCGUAUUGCGGGAAGAGACGACGUGGGAUUUGAAGAUGAAGGAGCAAGCGAGUGGUGUUGGCGGUCUGAUCGACCUGCACUCGCCGUCAGCUCGACGAGCUGGACAGCCGACGAAGAUUUCAGCAUAUUGCUUCUCGCAGCUAGCAUGUAUGAGCGAAGAGCUCGCGACCUGCACAACCAGGUGUGCAAGGAUAACAAGAACGGCGACGGAGCUGGAAAUGGUACGGUGGAAGCGCUAUCGAAGGAUUCUUCGCCCCUGCCACACCCAUCGUGGGACAGUCAACACUCCUCAUUUGGAAGCCCGCUACUACCAUCAUCCGAAAUUGAAAGCGGGGCCAAUGCAAGGCACAGGCAUGGGUCGGCGCGUAGCAGGAGGCCGCGUUCUGGCAGUUUUGAAAGGCGCCUUCCUGCUUCGCCGACUUCCCACGGUCCAUUUGAUUCGAUUGGGUCCGUUGGUGACAGGAAAUUGCCAAAGCUUUUGAUCAUCGUGACGGGCAAGGGAGAGCUUCGCGCACAUUACGAGGAACAAAUCGAAAAGCUGGAGAGAGAGAUGAACUGGCAAUGGGUCCGUAUCAGAACCGCGUGGCUCCAGUCAGAAGAAUAUCCCAUUCUGUUGGGCUCCGCGGAUAUCGGCAUCUCGCUACACAGCUCUUCGUCUGGCCUCGACCUUCCAAUGAAAGUGGUCGACAUGCUUGGGUGCUCCCUGCCCGUCUUAGCGCUCGACUUUCCCUGCCUGAAUGAGCUGGUUAUCGACGGUCUCAACGGCUUGACAUUUUCUGAUGCAUCUGGUCUCGCUCGCGGCCUUGAGAAUGUCCUUUCGGGCUUUCCAGACCAUGAUAACCGGCUUCGUCGAAAUUUGGAAGAGCAAUCCGCAUUUCCAACUGAAGAGGAUUCCAUUCCUGGCGUUGCGGGCCGGAUCGAGGACAACGAAGACGAUCUGGAUGAGGCAGGUGAUGAGACAAGCCAAAUGCUGUUCAAUGCCGGAUUCGGAAAUCAUUUUCGACCUAAUCCUGCCAGCAGAGAAGCUUCAAUACCUUUGUCUCCAGCGUUGGCAAGCUUUUCCAGGCUCACAAGCCCUACCCUGCCGAGCUUUUUUAUGUCCACUUUGGACGAGAGCCAUCCGUUCCGCGCAGUAGCGAGUGCCCAUCUUGGCAAGGGACAAGUCCACCAGGAAUCCAGUUCAACCGCGCGUGUGAAAAAGCGCGACAGAAAUGCGACCUGGCGCGGCAAUUGGAAGCGUGUCGUUCUACCUCUGCUGCUCCUCGAAGAACAUGAAGAAGACGCAAAGAAAAAGACUUCAAGGCCGGGCAAGUCAGGCUUGCUGCUCUGGGUCACGCCGCAAGGCAAGCACGACAAAUUACGCGCGCUAUUGAAUCAUGGGGAAGCGCCCAAGACGCGAACGAGCGAAGAGAGCAUCCGCAAUCCUUUUCUGCUUGCGAAAGAGCCUGAGCAAAGGAAGGAAGGCCUUGGUGGUCAUGUGCCAAAUGCUGCAAUAUCAGCAGUGAGACACGGCGCGGACAGUGCAGACAGGAGUCAUCAGCCGUUCCCCAAGCAUGGGAGACAUCGCACAGGUAGUCUACGACGUAGGAAGAAGAGCGAGUUUGAUGGUUUCGGUACCGCGUUGGACCAACGUGCGCAAGUUGGAAUUGACAAGGAAGGCGAUGUCUCUGCCAUCCCCCAUAUCCGAGUCUCGGGUACCGAGAGCUUGGGCGAAUAGUCAGAAGAGGAUAAACACCCUUGUGGAGACAUUAGCAAAUGCAACAGCUUCCUGCUACAUAUGCCCAGCCUUUCUGUUAAGCGUCUGCUCGGCAAUGCCCGCCGAUCAAGCGUGCACAGUGUUGCACAUCUGUACGCCAGAAAUUUGAGAUUCAAUUCGACCUGGAAGUAAGCAUGGAGAUGGGAGAAAAUCGAUAUUGUACAAGCUAAGAACUAC